UCUCUGACACAACUCACUCACUUCAAACGCCUUUCAUUUCAUAAACUACUCAACUUUAGUUACCGUGCGGCUGGCUGGACAUAAAAAAGUAGAAGCACAAUAAUAGUCACUCUGAUCGAUUUGUCAUCCUCUCAACGUCAAUUCAACGCCUUGUCAACAGGUUUGGUAGUGAAAUUUGGACGAGUUGGUUGUGCAUUGGGAAAGCCAUCACCAUUCGACAUUGGAUUUUGGUUGGGAGUGGGUCGCUCUUCAAAACUCCUCGUAAAUUUUCGCUCUCACUACUGCUGCGCUGCUGCCAUCGAGAAUUUGAACGCCAAAAACAUUCUGUGCUUUGAAGUGGACUGGAUCAUAGGGAAUUGCAAAGAUAAGCGCGUUGCGGUGUGGUGGAAUAAAUAAGAAAAAUACGAAAAAAGUGAGAGGGUGGCGGUGUGCACGAGGACAAACUAUUCAAAAGUGGGAGCUUCUGUUGGGUGUGGUGGUGAUAAGACGUAAACAAUUAUUGUGGGAACAACAGGAGAAUUACGUAGAAGUGAUUUAUUGGUAGUCGUUGAAGUGGGUGUGGUUGUGGAAUUUGUGAUACUUUUUUGAAAACGGUGAAAAAAUGUCGGACUCAGAGCUCAAUGUGGACAACCUUAUUUCUCGCCUGUUGGAAGUGCGAGGGACUAGGCCGGGAAAAACGGUCCAAAUGACGGAAGGAGAGGUUCGGAACUUGUGCAUCAAGUCGAGAGAAAUAUUUCUUCAACAGCCCAUUCUGCUUGAAUUGGAGGCUCCACUAAAAAUUUGUGGCGAUAUUCACGGCCAGUACAAUGAUCUUUUACGGUUAUUUGAAUACGGAGGGUUUCCACCGGAGGCAAACUAUUUGUUUCUUGGAGAUUAUGUUGAUCGAGGGAAGCAGAGUUUAGAAACUAUUUGUCUUCUUUUAGCGUACAAAAUAAAGUACCCUGAAAAUUUCUUUUUGCUUCGUGGGAAUCACGAGUGUGCGUCUAUCAAUCGUAUUUAUGGGUUUUACGAUGAAUGUAAACGAAGAUUCAAUAUCAAAUUAUGGAAGACAUUUACGGACUGUUUCAACUGUCUUCCUAUCGCUGCCAUUAUUGAUGAGAAGAUAUUCUGCUGUCAUGGUGGAUUGAGCCCCGAUCUCCAAAACAUGGAACAGAUUCGUCGUAUUAUGCGCCCAACUGACGUCCCUGAUACUGGAUUACUAUGUGAUCUCUUGUGGUCAGACCCUGAUAAGGAUGUGACGGGUUGGGGAGAGAAUGACCGGGGUGUGUCAUUUACAUUUGGUGCAGACGUUGUAACAAAGUUUUUGAAUCGACAUGAUCUCGACUUGAUUUGUCGGGCCCAUCAAGUUGUUGAAGACGGGUACGAAUUCUUCGCGAAACGUCAAUUGGUUACCCUGUUUUCUGCACCAAAUUACUGUGGCGAGUUCGACAACGCGGGUGGAAUGAUGUCCGUUGACGAAACGUUAAUGUGCUCAUUUCAAAUCCUAAAACCUUCAGAGAAGAAAGCCAAAUACCAAUAUGCACCCGUGAGCAGUAACCCCCCAGCAGCUGGGAAUCGCCCAAGCACUCCACAGCGACCGGGUCAACCUGUCGUUGCGAAGAAGAAAUGACCUCGUCGAAUAUUCCUUAUGAUUACCGCUCUACUAACGUCACAUAAAAGAAGCCAAGAAAGAGCGGAAAAGAAGUUACAACAAGUCCUUUUGCCACCAUCAUCUCCCGUAAAUUCACACCCACAGCAACAGUUGCAGCUUCCUGAACCACAAAUGCAUAAUACAGAAGAGUCUGCAUAGCAUCUAGCAGCAGCUUUAAUUUAUACAGAAAAGAAGAAGAAUUCGUGUUGUUUGUUGAGGACGAGCGUUUGUGUACAAAGCGAUCGAUCGAUUCUCAUCCUGUCCUGUCCGCGUAAUUAAUGUCAUCCCAACCUUUACCUUAAGUGUAGCAUUAAAAAAACUUUAUCACAAACUAUUGUAGGUAACCAGACUUGAUUACUUAAUGAUUCGUGCUCUUACUGGUAUUUCAAUUCUAUAUGCGAUGAGGAUGCAAAGAUACGUACCUAUUUGUAAUGAUAUUCUCUAACCAAACCAUCCAUGUAGGAAAAGCGUGUUUUUCUAACGAAUUUAGCAUUUAGGGAAAAUAAGUCCACCCAGUUUCAUGAUAGACUUAUUUUUAGCAUGUGUUGAAGCAUUUAAAAUACUAGUGUGUACUGCUAUACUCUGCUAAUACUACUAAGAGCCUUUUAAAAUUAUGAUGGUUAUACAUAGUUUGUGUGCCACUUAUUAGACAUUACUUACUACUGGAACGGAUGCAAAUUUUUGAACUUACCUUUUAUAAAUCGUUUAACUCACUAAACUAAUUUACACAAUUAUUAUAUUAAAAUUAACUUAAUGGCUAUCAUUUUCACUAGCAUUUAGCAGUAUACUACAAUUACCUACACGUUUUUCAACAUCUAUAUUUAAAAAAUGUUCUAUAUGAUUGCAUUUGUUCAGGAAGUGCUGUCGACAUUCAAAAUUGGAAGUAAUUUAAUUUAAUAAUUUCAAUGUGCAUUAUUAUGCUGCACAUUUAAUGAUAACGGCCGUGCUAUACCCACAUGCAAUUGGUCACGUCAACAUCAUGCUAAUUUGUCCCAAAGUGAAAAGAACAUGUUUUCCACAAGUGUAGCUUAAAAGACAGAUUUUAGCUACUUUAAGUAAUGAAUUCUCAGCAAGUAAAGUGACGACUUUUGGCUUAUUAUUUCGGAAUCAUUAUCGACUGCUACUCUAGUUUAAGAUAUGUAAGCCUAGAAUAAGGGCGAGUUGUCCAAUUACACAUUAUUACUUUUGAAAAGUUGACAAUUUAAGUAAAUUGUACAGAAGUAUAACGUAUUUAUUAUUACCGUAUAAUAAAAAUUAGAUAAUACAAACUACAAUACAUUAAGUAUACCUAUAAGCAAGUUCUACUAUACCUCAUACUCUGUAUAUUUCUGACAGUGACACAGAUCAAUAGUCGUCCAUUAAAUUUCCUAUGUAUGUAAUUCAUCAUCGCAGCAGCAUAUUUUAUGCAAAUAUGUCUGAGAAAUAGUACUAGAGGAUUUUUAUGAUUUUUGUAAGUCAGUUAUAUGUAUAUAAAUUGUAUGCAUGUUUCCCAACGACAUUUCUAGAUGUGCUAAUUAAGGUAACCCUCUGUUUCCAAAAUACUGUAGCCAUAAGUAUUAAUUAAUUUUACGUAUGCAUAAUAUAUGUAUGUAUUUAACUAUUUUACUUAUCAUAUGUAUUAUGAAUUGGUUUCGCUUCUUCCAAAUUUUGGAGAAGAAAAGAAACAGUAAAGAAAAAAAGAACUACGUAAUAAAGAAUACAAAAUAAAUUGACGAGAGAA